AUGUUCCUGCUCUUUCCCGAUGGCUACUCCAGAUAUGGGCUCCUCGAACGGCAGAAGCCUGUGAAAUGCUUCUAUGCACUCACAACCAUUUUCAAGUUCCUGUGCUGCUUCGUGCUGUUCUACACCUUUGCGCUUGUCACCUCCUCGGACUUCCAUCUUUCCAAGUGCGGCAGGGGCACCGUAGACGACACGUGUGAAGAGGCACCACCGUUUCUCAAGGCUAGCUGUCAAGACAAGGAGUUUCACGGCUUUGAUGAGUGCAUGCGAGCUGCACCUUGGUGGCUUGCGAAUGCCUGCGUCGUCAGCGCCAGUACCUGCCCCCUGUUCCGUGCAGACGACUCGUUGCUGCAAGCUGCCAGCAACACGCUGGGAUCGGGCGCAACCCUUGCCUACUACACCCUGGCAGUGAUCCCUAUGGUGGCGCCGCCUCUCUCCUUGGUGCUGUGGCUUGCAUCAGGCCACUUAAUGUCUUGCAUGCUGCGCUGGGCAGAGCCGGAGUGUGGAUGGCCGGAGUUGGUGGCGGAACGUACCGCUCUGGUAAUGCAGGAGAUGAUCUCAGGGGUGUUCUCGCCGAGCUGGUGGGCACUGGGAUCCAUCUACGCUGAAAUCACCCUGCUCGUCCUUGAUGUCGCUUCUGAUAUUAAUUGCAUCUUCAUGUUUUUCUUCGUUGAGAACCAUCCAGCUGCCGGAAUUAUCCAAACCAGCAUACUGAUUAUGCCGAUCCUGUUGGAGUUCAUUCAUAGUCGCAGCUUCCAGCCCCUUGUCAUCUGGCGCCACUUCAGCAAGUCGCGGAAGCUUGGCUAUCGCACCGCGGGUUUCAUCCGCACCGUGCAAAAUGAGAAGGCUGGGCCCAACGGUGUUUAG